AAUUUCUCUUUCCCCCAGAAAUCAAAACCCUAAAAGAAAAUGGGAGGCAAGUGUCCAAGCAGGAAGGUGAAGAAGAGAAGAUACUCUCACAAGACGGCUCGGCGCUCAAAAUUUCUACUCAAAGGCGACGAUGCGGUAUAUGAGGAGCUGCAGCAAAAGCCUGACGGGGAGAUGAAGGAGGCAACGUUGCCUCUUGACGAGGAUUUACCUGGCAUGGGCCAAUAUUACUGUCUGCACUGCGACCGUUACUUUGCUAAUAUGAGUGUGAGGGACGAGCACUUCAAGACCAAACGUCACAAGAAGCGUGUAAAGCAAAUGAUGGGACCUGCACCGCAUACUCAACUUGAUGCUGACUUAGCUGCCGGGAUGGGUGCCCCAGAUAAUGGUCUUAAGCUUAUGUCUAUGUGACCAUCUUUUGGUUCCUUGCUGAUGCAUAUGUUUAGAUGACAGAUGAGUUCAAGCAGGCCUCCAUUGGAUGGAGGAUAUUUGUUCUGUAACAAUAGUUUUCUAGUGGUAGUUUCAUGUAUUGCUGCCAAAGUAAUGGUAGCUAGCUUUCUUCACGGUCUACUCUGCUUAUCAUAUACAUCUGAUAGUUUGAUAGUUGUGGGAAAUAGGGAUUUCAACCUUGCAUUUGAAGGGAAGAUCAAAUACCUCUGCCAAUUCAUGUUAUGUGGAUUUACAUUUGGGUAUAUUGAUUGUUUUGAAGAUGUAACAUAACUGUUGAAAGACAAUGUAAAGUGUUAGCGAUUUUGAAUUUGCUUUUUUCAU